UUUUAUAGUCACAGUCUAGACAGUGGUUGGUGGAUAUGGCCGUGUGGGUGACGCCUUCCAAGAGAGCGAUCGGAGCAUUGACCAAUAAGCAAACGGACGCAGUGCAAGGAGGUGCGCGGGAUGGCGGUCGCUUGUUGUGUUGGGGCGCGUAGGAGUGUCUGAGAUUACUGGAGAAAACGGGAACGGGGAACAGGUCUACACAUUAUAAAAAAACAAAACAAAAAGAAACCUUCCAGUUGGUUUGUCUUGGAUUUCUUAUAUAUUUUUUGUUGUUCUUUUAUUGGUGUAUUAAUUUUUCUGCAAUAUUGGAUCUGUUUGGACGUGCUAGAGGGAUUCGGGCCUGACAUGAGCUCCCAGACUCACCAAGAUGGCAUUUCUGGUCGGGAUCAACCAGUGGAGCUUCUAAAUCAGACUCAUGCCAAACACAUGCCAAGCACUGUUGAUGCGAGUGCUGCACUGCCUCUGCAAGUCUCUCACAGUGCCCUACCCAUGGAUUUGAGGUUGGAUCCCCCGUAUCCAAUCCCAGGGCCAGAGUCUAAUGGGAGAGAGCAGCAGUUACAGCAGGAGCUCCUGUCCUUGAAACAGAAGCAACAGAUCCAGCGGCAGCUUCUUAUUGCAGAAUUCCAGAGACAGCAUGAACAACUUUCAAGGCAGCAUGAGGCACAGCUCCAUGAUCAUGUGAAGCAACAACAGGAACUUUUGGCAAUGAAGCAUCAGCAGGAAUUGUUGGAGCAUCAGAGGAAGCUGGAACAACACAGGCAGGAGCAGGAGAUGGAAAAACAACAGAGAGAGCAGAAGCUGAUGCAGCUAAAAAACAAAGAAAAGGGAAAAGAGAGAAGACCCAGCACAGCUCUCUGGAUCAGAGUCCACCUCCUCAGGGUGGCGUAUCUGCCUCAUACAAUCACCCCAUGCUGGGAAUGUAUGACUCAAAGGAUGAUUUCCCCCUGAGAAAGACAGCAUCUGAGCCCAAUCUGAAACUGCGGUCCCGUCUGAAGCAGAAGGUGGCAGAGAGGAGGAGCAGCCCUCUCCUACGCAGGAAGGAAGGUUCUGGGGUUACUACCUUUAAAAAGCGUCCACUGGAUAUGUCUGACUCAUCAUGUAACAGUGCCCCUGGCUCUGGGCCCAGUUCCCCAAACAACAGCUCAAGCAACAUCAGCACAGAAAAUGGUAUCACUGGAUCCAUGGGUAUUCAGACAGAGGCCUUACUAACUCACAGACUGGUGAACAGGGAAGGCUCUGUGACUCAGCUUCCUCUAUACACAUCACCCUCUUUACCAAACAUUACUCUUGGACUGCCAGCCAGUGGCUCUUCUAAUGGUGGCACAGGACAGGAUGCUGAACAUCUCUCCUUACCCACGCUCCAGCAACGUCUCACCAUGUUUUCUUCUUCUCAUCUCACUCCUUAUAUCAGCUCUGAAUCAUCCAGUUCCCAUAAUUCUCUCUUGCAGCAUAUGGUUCUCUUGGAGCAGCCCAGCGGUCAGAAUCCUCUGGUCUCAGGUUUGGGUGGUCUCCCUCAUCAUGCUCAGUCCCUGAUCUCCCCUGAUCGUAUCUCCCCAACUGUGCACAAAUUACGUCAGCACCGCCCUCUGGGUCGUACCCAGUCUGCACCUCUACCAGCAAAUUCCCAUGCUCUGCAGCACCUGGUCAUUCAACAACAGCAUCAGCAGUUCCUUGAGAAACACAAGCAGCAGUUCCAGCAGCAGCAGCUACAUCUCAAUAAGAUGAUUCCUAAAGUGAAUGAAGCAUCCAGACAGCAUGAGAGCCACCCUGAAGAGACCGAAGAGGAACUCCGUCAGCACCAGACAUUUAAUGAUGAACUAUAUAUGGACCGUUUGUCCAGACAAAAGGAAUUGAGCUUAUCUAACAUGGUGCUUGUAAAACAGGAGAGAGAAGAAAGUGACGAUGAGGACAAUACACAGGAGGAAGAACAGUGCAAAAUGCAGUCGGAUCAAGACUUGCUUUUUAGACAGCAAACACUUCUGUUGGAGCAGCAACGUAUCCACCAACUGAGGAACUACCAAGCCUCUAUGGAAGCAGCAGGGAUGGUUGUAACAUUUAGUGGUCAUCGGCCUCUCUCAAGGGCUCAGUCAUCACCUGCUUCCUCCUCCUUCACCAUGUCUGUUCAAGAGACACCUAGCAAGCCUAGGUUCACCACAGGUCUGGUUUAUGACACACUCAUGCUAAAACACCAGUGCAUCUGUGGGAACACAAACAGUCACCCGGAGCAUGCAGGCAGGAUACAAAGCAUCUGGUCAAGGCUUCAAGAAACUGGUCUUCGAAGUAUGUGUGAGUGUAUACGGGGUCGGAAAGCCACACUGGAAGAAUUGCAAACUGUUCAUUCUGAGGCUCACACCCUGUUGUACGGGACCAACCCACUGAAUCGACAGAAAUUGGAGAGUUCUCUGACUACAGUAUUUGUGCGUCUACCUUGUGGCGGUGUUGGGGUUGACAGUGACACAAUCUGGAAUGAGGUGCACUCAUCUGGGGCUGCACGACUGGCUGCGGGAUGUGUUGUGGAACUUUCCUCCAAGGUGGUGUCUGGAGAGUUGAAGAAUGGUUUUGCAGUGGUUCGUCCCCCUGGCCACCAUGCAGAAGAGAGCACGCCUAUGGGUUUCUGUUACUUCAACUCUGUGGCUAUAGCAGCCAGGAUUCUCCAGCAGCGUCUGAAUGUUGGAAAGACUCUCAUUGUGGACUGGGAUGUGCACCAUGGAAAUGGUACCCAGCAGGCCUUCUACAAUGACCCAAAUGUCCUAUACAUAUCACUGCAUCGCUAUGAUGAUGGUAACUUCUUUCCAGGCAGUGGAGCACCGGAUGAAGUUGGCACUGAGACUGGAGUAGGGUUCAAUGUGAAUAUUGCCUUUACUGGUGGCCUGGACCCUCCCAUGGGAGAUGCCGAAUAUUUGGCUGCAUUCAGGGCUAUUGUAAUGCCAAUAGCAAAUGAGUUCUCUCCAGAGGUAGUCCUGGUAUCUGCUGGAUUCGAUGCUGUGGAAGGACACCCAUCUCCACUCGGAGGGUACAAUGUGUCAGCCAAAUGUUUUGGAUAUCUCACAAAGCAGCUAAUGGGGUUAGCUGGAGGUCGUAUUAUCCUGGCCCUAGAGGGAGGCCAUGACCUCACAGCUAUCUGUGAUGCUUCUGAAGCCUGUGUAUCUGCCCUCCUGGGCAAUGAGCUGGAGCCACUUCCUGAAUCUGUGCUUCAACAGAGGCCAAACAGCAAUGCAGUGAGCUCCAUGGAGAAAGUGAUUCAGAUCCACAGUGAAUAUUGGUCCAGUUUGCAGCAUGUCUCCAAAAUUGCCACCUAUUCAGUCAUAGAGGCGCAGAAAUGUGAGAAUGAGGAGGCUGAAACUGUGACCGCCAUGGCAUCGCUUUCUGUAGGAGUCCAAAAGCAAAGAAGGAUGGAAGAUGAGCCAAUGGACGAGGAGCCACCUCUGUAGCAAAGUACCUGGUGACAAUCCAUAGUGUAUUCCUGUGUCUUUGUGAAGGGAGAUGUCCCUCAGAUUUCUACGCCUGCUCUCUGUCCCCAGGAAGAUGAGCAGCAACAUGGAUGUAAAGAACCCUGUGUACGUUGCAUCCACAGAAUCACAAACAGCAGCACACGCCGUGCCAUGCACAUCUGCGUUGUGCCACCCUUUAUCUGGGGCACUGCUCUCACAGGAGCUUCUGGCAGCUAUUGCCAAAAAAAAUAAAAAAAUUUACUUUCAUGUUUUUAACAAAUACUAAAUCAAAGAAAAACUAGGAAAUAGCAGCCUCCUCUGGAACCUUGGUGCUUCAAAUUCUACAGCUCACAAGAACUGCGCACAGGGAGGAGGCUCACAGUGAUGAAAGCACUGUGCAAUUUGUUUAAACCACUUGGUGUGUUCUGUUUCUCAGACAUUUCUCCUCUGUCUCAGGAAUGGGGAGUGUAACACUGGGACAAUUUUAAUGUGUGAUGAAGAGAUACUCUGGAGUCUGUUAUUGGAGCGAGGGGCUGGUGACCGUCGUAACCUGGAGAGAAACAGAGCGAAGGAUUGUGCCUUGUUUGUUGAUGGAACACAUUGUUUCAGUUUGGAAGGUUUAUUCAGUUAAUUCUUUUUUUCCUAAUGAUUGAAGGACUUGCCUUAAAACCUAAAUGCUCCCACUCUCUCUCUGCUGAGAAAUUCAGAACUGUGAUGUGGCGUCUUGGUGACAAGUGGCAGUUGUCUUUUCUCUCUCAUACUCUCUCCUCUCUUUAUUUCUGUCUCUUCUGUCUACUAUUUUUUAAUUUAACUUUUCUAAAUCAAUUUGCAUUUCAUGUUUUUAUGAUGACCAGACUUCUUCACUUACCUCUGCUUUCUGAGCAGAAGCUUUUAUUACGAUUGAUUCUUUGUAAGUAUAUUUCUAUUUGUGCUCAGCUGGGGUAAACUAGACUUCACAGCGUAGGAAGUGUAACCGACCUGUGCAAUUCCAGUGAAGUGUUUGUUAGGUUUUUUUUCUGAGUUUUUGUUCAUAAUGAGUUAAUUGCAAGCAAACAGAACAUUUCCAAUUACCUUUUCGCAUUUUUAGGGUUUUUUUGUUGUUGUUUUUGGAUUUGUUUUAUUUUAUUUUCAUUCAAAACUUUAUAUUAUGUAAUUUUGUAAGCAACUUUUUUUUCUUGUGAUAACUUCUCUGUUUUUUUUUAUAUUGAGAUAAGUGAUUUUGUUUUGUUUUUUACACUUCAGGGGUAAUUUUUACAAUAAUUUUCCCCUAUUAUAUAUUGUAGAUAUUCCUUUGUUUCUGACCUGUGAGGAGAGGGUUAAUUGAGCCUACAUGGUUUACUAUCCCAGAGGAAGCAGAAGCUUAUGCUCACUUGUUACCAAACUAGUAAUGUGGCUUUUUAUAAAGACCAACAAUGUACUGUAAGUGUGCCCUGCUCCUGGAACUGCAUGAUGGGAGCAGUCACGGAUACAAUCUCCCUAUAGCACUUAAAUAUCCAUGACUGACUUAAAGCAGCAUGUCUGACAAACUCUUGGGAUUAACUUCAAUGCUGCAGAGGAAGCAUGUUUUUUUUUUUUCUUUGUAGCAAUGUUUUACAUAUUCCCUAUACUCUAAGGGGUUUGUGGGUAUGGGGGGGACCUUGCAACCUGCACUUUGACAGUUGUGUUUUCUCAUCCCGGCAGCACAUGGCAUGUAUAGGGGAGAUAGCCGGAAGUUUGGUGAAAACUCUCUCUCCCCACCCACCCCACCCAUUUUCAUGUGUCAUUUUAUCUGGGGGUUUUUUUUAAAUUUGUAACCAUUUUGGAAUUACACUACAGUCACAGAGUUUCCUCCCUUCAUAAAUGCUCUUGGGAGCCUUGUUGAUUGUUUCCUUUGCAGUAUUUAUCACUUCUUUCUGCUGCGGCAGGAGGUUUGACCAUUCAGUGCUGGGUUAUAUAUUUAGGGGCUAUGUCUGUGAGAAUACUCAGAGAAAAUUGCAUGUUUUUACAAGUACUCAUCUUGUACAACUUACAAUAUAUUCUGAACAGAGAUUUUCACACCAUGUUUGUCCCCCUAUUCAUAUGCCAGUAGGAGUAUGGGAUAUUUCUGACAGCCUCCCUAUGCAGCUGUGCAGGUGCUGCCUGUGGCAUAGACGCAAGUGCAGGAUUUUAAUGUUUACAUACAUGAGAUUUUUCUUGUGGUUUAUUACAAUAUCAUUGUUGAACCUUCACCUGGGCUAUUUAUAGUGCUUUUCACAGAAUAAUCAUGGUAGCCAUAAAGGUGCAGGUUUAUACUUUUUUUCUUAUUACAUAGUGUGGUGUCCCCCUUUAUAUCAAUCUCAUUCCUUUCUUUGUAUCUCCUGCACGUUCCACCUCUCCUUUCAUUCCAUGUUUUACCUGUUUUAUAUUUUUUUGUGUACAAAGCAGGGGGUUACACUCCUAUCUCCGGGCAUUGACCUCCAUAUAAAUAUAAAUAUAUAUAUAUAUAAAGAUAACUAUAUAUAGAUAUAUAUAUGAAUCUAUUUUUCUAGGUUUUACUAUAUACCCUGAGGUUGCAUGAUUUUAAACACAGCUCAGUCCUAUACUGUGUAUCUGGCCAAGCUGUCGGGCCAUUAGGGUGUGGAUAGGACAUUAUAGUUUCUUUUUCUCGCCCUUAGAAAGAAAGGGCACCAGUUUUGUUCUUUUUCAUGGAUCAGACAGUGAUCCAUUUUUUAUAUAUUGGAUGAGUGAUGAUUUUUUUUUUAAAUAAAAAAACAAACUGUAGUAAAUUAGAUCUUGCAGUUUGCAGCGAUGCCUGCCAGACACAAGGAUACUACUUGUGUUGCACUGUUUCAGGCUUCUUAGGAUACCUUUGCGUAUGUUUGUGUACAUACAUAUAUACACUUUUUUUUGUUAGCCUGUGGUGGAGAUACUGCAUCAUCUGCAGCUGCAAGUAUCCAUUGUAUGUUACAUUCAACUUCAGAUCCCCUCCCCUUAUGCUCAUUUACUUUGACAUCAUUAUGGCUUUUCAUACACUGUAUAAGUAAUAUUAUGGUGUUAUUUUAUCAAUGUGUUUGAUGCCUUUCACUGCAGGGAGCUCUCUGCACUGCAUGCACUGUGACCCUUACUGUAUGCUAAUGAAUCUCACCAGGUGGGAGUUGUGGAUGGAGUCAUGGAAUAGCACUUUGACCCUUCGCUGGCCUGUGCAUUAGGAAUCCUGGCUGUUCAAUAUGCCUGUGCUAGGAUUUAUAAACAGAUCAUCUCUCCCUGCUGGUCACAUGAAUUCAGGAGUGAAUAUGUUAAGUGACACAGGCACGUGUUAUCACUCCCACUAUCUCCCAAACAUUGUGAGCUGAUGGGACCUUCAAGGAGACACUAAAAGUAGCCUGUCUGUCUUCUCUUGAGUUACUCACUGGCAGAGCCUCACAUAGCAAACUGGUGCAGUUUCUGCCUUUUUUUAUACUGGGUGCUCGUUCUCUCUGUGCUGCCAAUGCACUGUGUCUAAAGGAAAACAAAAUGCCAACUAAAAACUUUACUGCAAAAAAACAAACAAAAAAUAAAAUCUUCACCAAGAAUCCUUUGGUACAUUGUCCUGGAAGACAGGGCCAGCUUUCUGUUUUAGAUUGUAAAAGGUUUACACGCUUUAGUGUGAUCUUUCCAUAUUUUGAGAAUGAGAAGUGUGUGUAUAAAUAUAUAUACAAAAUAUAUAUAUAUAUAUAAAAAAAUAUAUAAUUAAAUUUAUAAUCUUAGAGAUUUUGAUGCAUUGCUCAUUUGAUAUUACAAAAGAUCUCAAGUGACGGUUUUGUAGCUAUGAAUUCCAUCUGGUCGUUUUUGUAUUCACCAACUAUUUGCCAGGUUUAUGCCUCGGUGUUAAUACCUGGGCGCCUUUACUGGCACUUUUCAGUUUAUCUGCUGCCGCUGGAUGCAGAUAUUAUGUUUAUAUUUUUUGCCAUUUUACAUCCUUUUUUUUUUUUUUUUGUCCCCCGACCAACUGUCUUAUUUUAUUUGUGAGAAAAAAUUAUUUGAACUUCCUUAGCAAAGCAGUAUUUUGUACCACAUGAUGACACGUGUUAAUCUCGUGGUGUAAAUAAACAAAAUGUUACCAAAUGUUA